UCCCUUUAUUCUUUUAGGAAUUCACAUAGGUUUUGGUGUGUUUGAUUUUGACCAACAUUUAUGGGGUUCUUCUUGGAGUUUGUUUGCUAUUGGGGACUCUUCUUGUCUGUGAAAAAGAAAGAGAAAGAUUUCAGUUCUCGUGGUCUUAUCUUCUCGUUUCUCACAAUCUUUAUAUCUUACUUUAGACAACAAGUCUGUCUCUUGAUGAUGAUUCACAUAUGGGUUUGGUCACUCGUGUGGUUUUGCGUAAUACCCAAUCCCAAAGAUCUUACCUUUUUUUUUUCAUUUUUCUUUGCCAAAUGGCUAUGCAAACUGUGAGAGAAGGUCUCUUCUCUGCUCCACAGACUUCUUGGUGGAAUGCUUUUGGAUCUCAGCCGCUGGCUCAGCAGAGCCUCGCCGGCGAUUCUGACUCGUUCGCCGGAGUUAAGGCCGGAUCUGCGGGAGAGACAGUACAAGGCGUGGUUAAACAGAGCAACUCUGCAACUCACUUAGCUUUCUCACUUGGUGAUGUAAAGAGUUCAAGAGUUGUGUCAAAGUCUCAUGGAGCUGUUUUCUCAAUGCAAUCGCCUAGUUUGGAACUUGGAUUCACUCACCCACCGAUCUACGCAAAGUAUCCUUAUGGCGAACAGCAAUACUAUGGAGUUGUUUCAGCCUAUGGAUCUCAGAGCCGAGUAAUGCUUCCUCUAAACAUGGAAACAGAAGAUGGAACCAUCUAUGUGAACUCAAAGCAAUAUCAUGGAAUCAUAAGAAGACGUCAAUCGCGUGCAAAGGCGGCUGCUGUUCUUGAUCAGAAGAAAUUGAGUACUAGAUGCCGCAAGCCAUAUAUGCACCAUUCACGCCAUCUCCAUGCAUUGCGCCGUCCAAGAGGAUCCGGUGGGAGAUUCUUGAACACUAAAAGUCAGAACUUGGACAAAAGCGGAAACAAUGGAAAGAAAGCUGAUGGGAACAAGCAGCAGAUUCAGUCUGAGCCUAAGCCUCAGCAGAGUAAUUCUCAGAAUUCUGAAGUUGUUCAUCCGGAAAGCGGAAUCAUCAACUUAUCAAAUGGACUACUAAAUGUCACGGGAUCAGAAGUGACAAGCAUGAACUACUUUCUGAGUUCUCCAGUCCAUUCUCUUGGUGGCAUGGUAAUGCCUAGCAAGUGGAUAGCAGCAAUGGAUAAUAGCUGCUGCAAUUUCAAAACCUGAUCCUUUACCGUUUCACAGUCAAAGGGGGGAAAGAGAAACUCUUGCCUUGUAAAAGGACAAUGAGCUUUUUUCUUUCUCUUCUUCUUGGCUUUUUGCCAACCCAAUUGGCUGUGAACAGGCAAAUCAUCUUUGGCUCAUUCUCUGUUGAGGUUUCUUCGCCGGCAGGUUAAAAAACCUUGAUUUAUCUUCAGCGUAAAAGUAGUUAAAACUGGUGAAGAACAAUGAUGGGUUUGGUCACUAACCCCACUUGUUUAAACUUCAAACCAGUAGUGUGUGUGUGUGUGUGUAAAACUCUUGUUAUCUGAUUUCCUUUGUAGCUCUCUCUCUGUUUUUUGUGUGUAUCUCAAACAACGUAACUGUAAGAACUUUUAAGUUAUGUGGCUAAUGUAACAUAUACAGUUUCUACCAAAAAAAA